AAUUCUAGCCUUAUAUUAUCCCCUUCUUCAAGUGCAAAAUAUACAGUACAUAGGGGGAGACUAUGACAAUGGCAGGAGGAGGGAACACAGAUUAUGGAGCUUUCAUGGAGAAAUUCAUCCUCCAACAACCACAACCAUCUUCUCCUCCACAACAUCUUCCUUUGAAUGGCCUCACUUUUGCUGUCAAAGAUAUAUUUGACAUGGAUGGUUAUGUGACUGGAUUCGGGAAUCCAGAUUGGUUAAGGACUCAUUCUGCUGCUACAUCCACAGCUCCUGCUGUUUCAGCCAUGUUAAAAGGAGGUGCCACCUGCCUUGGCAGAACUUUCUUGGAUGAAAUGGCUUACAGUAUAAAUGGAGAAAAUGUACAUUAUGGAACGCCUGUUAAUCCAUGUGCACCAGACCGAGUGCCUGGAGGAUCGUCAAGUGGCUCUGCUGUAGCAGUUGGUGCUAUGCUGGUUGAUUUCUCUUUAGGCACUGACACUGGAGGAAGUGUAAGAGUCCCUGCAUCAUACUGUGGAAUUUUUGGUUUCCGUCCAUCACAUGGAAUUGUUUCAACUGAUGGAGUUACUCCCAUGGCACAGAGUUUUGAUACCGUUGGAUGGUUUUCUAGGGAUCCUGGGACUCUAAAUCGUGUUGGACAGAUACUAUUGCAGGCGCCUUAUAAAAAACUUGUGCAGCCUAGUCAAGUUUUGAUUGCUGAAGAUUGUUUUAAGCUUUCGAGUGUCCCAAGUACCCGAGUGUCCAAAGUUAUUACUGCAUCAAUAGUGAAGUUAUUUGGAGGUGAUAUUUUACAGUCUUUUAGCCUUGGGGACUAUGUUGAAAGCAAAGUUCCAAGUUUGAAGCACUUCAUGGAGAAUGAAAUUGAAAGUGGGGAAUUCAGCAUAAAAUCUUUGGUGGCUCUUUCUACAGCCAUGCGAUUGUUACAAAGGUAUGAAUUCAAGAAGAACCAUGGUGAGUGGGUGAGCACAGUAAAACCUAAGUUGGGUCCAGGUAUAUCAGAAAGGGUACUAGAAGCCCUUAACUCAUCAGAAGAACACAUCAAUGAUUGUCAGUCUGUAAAGACCCAACUGCAGGAAGCUCUUACUGCUCUCUUAGGGGAAAAUGGCAUUAUAGUGAUACCUACACUUCCUGGACCUCCACCUAAACUGCAAACGGAGACCAAAUCAUUGGAAACUUUUCGUGCCAGGGCCUUCAGCUUGUUGUCCGUAGCUGGAGUAUCUGGAUUUUGCCAGGUGACAAUUCCACUGGGAAAACAUGAUGGUCUUCCUGUGUCGGUUUCUUUGAUGGCAAAACAUGGUUCUGAUGGAUUCCUACUAAGUCUUGUUGAGACCCUUUAUCCCACAUUGAAAGAGCAAAUAGAAAUUGCUGAGAACCUGAGUCACUAGAUUCUGGUGUUUACUUCUCUUUAAUUUGUUGUGUUAGAAUACAAUGAAUGUAACUAAACAAUAUUAAAAGGGAAAACGUAUCUGAUUUGCAAAUAUAUUGCUUUUGUAGUUUA